GUGGCUAUCUCAGGUUCUUUACGAUUGGAGUUGAAGGUGCGCUGUUGCAAAAGCAACAGGUGCGCGUAGCUGAGAAAGGUUUGGUGAGGAGCGGCCGUGGAAAGUCGAGUUACUGCUGCAUUUCAAGAUGGAGCCGCCCCCGUUUAACAGAAGGCAAUGGACUUCACAUUCUCUGAGGAUCACUGCCAAAGAGUUGUCUCUUGUCAACAAGAACAAGUCAUCGGCUCUCAUGGAGAGGUUCUCGAAAUAUCAGAAGGCAGCUGAGGAAGCGACUGCAGAGAAAAAAAGAAGUAACACAGAGAAUCUUCCUCCUCAUUUUAAAAAGGGAACCCUCAGCGUCUUAAAGAAGAAGUGGGAGAAUCCAGUGCUGGGGACGGAGGCUCGGAAGGAAGUGUUACGAAGCAGCUGUGCUGAGGUCAGGCAGAAGACUGUCAGCCCCCGUGGUGGAAUUGAAAGCAGCCCUGCUUCCCUAGCAGAAACUGACAAAAGCCCAGGGAUUGGUCCUGGUUCGCGACUCCAUUCCUCUUCCGGCGUGAUUGGCCUGUUCAGAUAUCCCAGUAUUGACAGCGAAGAGGUGAAAGGCCAUUUGCCCGAGAGUGGGAAAAUGGAAAAUUGUCUUAGAGAAUCCAGACAAGAAGUAGUAAAGCCCGAGACCAAUGAAAACCCCGAUUCUUCAGGGAAAAUAGAGAAAUGUAGUGUUCCUCUGAGCAGGCUAAAGAUGAUGUUUGAGAGGGGGGAUGCAAGCCAGACAAAGGCUCUUCAUGACCAAGGCAGGGCUGCUGGUGCUAGGAGAAUCUCGGAGAACAGCUUUUCUUCGGAGGACUUUGACUUCAGUUCUGGAGAAAAAAGCUACAAUGUCUCAGGUCAUCCACUCUGCACCUCUCCAACAUCAAGCCUGGACAAACCAGAGAGCAGGAGGAACCAGGAGAUGACUCGCUUGUCAGAAACAUCAAUCAAGGAUAGGCUUGCUAAAUACCAGGCAGCUGUGUCCAAACAGGGGAGCUCAAGCAGUCAUGUGAAUGAGAUUCAAGCCAGUGAAAGCGAAGACAAGAACUACGAUUGGGAACAGAAGGAGAACUUACCACCAUCCUCUGAAGAUUUGUUUCCCCAGCAGGAUGGGGAGAAGAUUUCCAUUGUAGAUGGUCUGAAUUCCAAUCUCUGUGAAGAUGGCACUGUUGGAUUAAACUUCCAGAAAGAAACUGAAACCCUGAGGUCUGCCUAUGCCAAACAACAAAGCCCUGAUUCUAGAGCAUCAAGCCAGACUGAUAUGUCUCCCCCAAAAGCAGUGAAGAAGUUCCAGUUGCCAGCAAAGGAAACAUGUGUUGCAUGUAAGAAGACUGUGUAUCCAAUGGAGCGCCUCUUUGCCAACCAGCAAGUGUACCAUGUCAGCUGCUUCCGCUGUUCUUACUGCAACAGCAAACUCACUCUUGGAACAUAUGCAUCUCUACAUGGGAAUGUUUACUGCAAGCCUCACUUUAACCAACUCUUUAAAGCCAAAGGCAACUACGAUGAAGGUUUUGGGCACAAGCCACACAAGGAACUGUGGGUAAGCAAAAACGAGAACGAGGAAUCCCAGGAGAAACCUGCCUAUGUUGGAAAUGCUGUGGAAGGCCCUGCAAGUCCAGGGGUAGAAGAUUCUCCGAUUGCAAAAGUUGGGAUUCUGGCAGCUAGCAUGGAAGCAAAAGCUGCUGGUUUGCUUGAGAAGGAAGAGAGGCCUAUGGAAACCAAGAAGCUGAAGAUUGCCUGGCCACCUCCUACUGAACAAGGCAGCCAAGGAAGCCUUUUGGAAGAAGGUAUUAAAGUGCUGAAGCCAAAGUGGCCCCCAGAAGAUGAGGCCGGUAAGCCAGAACAUCAGGAAGAUGUGGACCAAGACCUUAAGAAGCUGCGAAGGACAUCUUCACUAAAAGAAAGAAGCCGGCCAUUUACAGUAGCUGCCUCAUUUAGAACAGUAUCUGUUAAGAACCAUAGAACUGAAAACAUGUCCCCUCCCAAAGCUGAGAGGAAUAUGGUCAGACAAAAGGAGGAACUGACACCGAACCCAGCUCUAGAAAACAAGCCAGAGGGAGGAAGCAAUAUAGCUGAUCCUGGUGAUGUUCCAAAUGUUGCUGAGGAAGAUAAAGAGCUGGAUGAGGGGAAACGAGAAGCAAGAGGUGAAGAGAGCUUAGUUGAGAAUGGCCAGGGGAGUGGUGACACUGAUGAGGAAAAAGAAAAUGCUGCAGGGGAGCAAGCAGCACUGGAUAAAGAAGCCCUGUUUCAUAUGUCCCCUAACCACUCUGUCUUGAAUUCAACAACUGCAAAAGAAUUAUCUGCUAGUCCAAAUUGUAAAUCCCAAGAUGUUGGGUUUUUUGAAGGCGAAGACCUAGAUGAAUUGACUGUAGAAGAGCAGAUCAAGCGGAACAGAUACUAUGGUGAAGAGGAGGAAGACGAGGAACAAAUUUGAUUCUUUCUAUUAAAGGAUUUAACUGCAGGGUGCUGGGCCUUAAAUUAGUGUGUUUGGUGUUUGAGGGUUUUUUUUCCAAAAGUGGCUGCCCUUUUUGGAAGUGAUACUGUACUGCAGGUUGAUGCAUAAGGGAACCAUAAAGACUUCCUCUGAUCUGAAUUUUAUAGGAAAGAUCAUUGGAAACCUGCAAAAAUGUUACCAAUUUUGUGAAAAUGGAAUAAUAUGCAUAAAGUUGGUGUGGGAACAGCUGCUGCCUUGAUUGAGCAAAAACUACUCUUCUGAAUUCCAUUUUGUAACCUGGUCACUUAAAUGGCAUAUUUAUUCCUUUCUGCUCUUUUGGUAGUUCAGACAUUUUUGCAGGAUGUCAUUACACUCCCCAAAGACGAACUGCAGAAGAGAGGGCUGUUUGAGAUACACUACUAUUACCACUCAACAAUGCUACUGCAGUGCUUGGGGACCAGUUCUAAAGGCUCUUGGGGACCACUUUAAAUAGCGAUGACUGCACUUUAAUAAUGUAUGUGUAAAGGCACAAAAUAUACAUUUUUAAUAGAGAAAACACUAAAUAGAUGUCCAAUAAUGACAGUAUCUGAAAUAAGCAGUCAGCAGCAUGAUUUUAUGGGGAAGCUGUGUUUACUUGUCAAUGAUCGGGAGAGAACUAUCUUUGCACUUUGCUCUUUUUGUAUACAAUUCUUCUUGUGAAUUGGGGCUCAGGCAAAUCUGAGUGUGUGAUUUUCUCAUACCUGGACGUAUGGCAUUUUGAUUUCAAAGAGUAGUGCUGAGAGAAGGACUGUAUUGAGAGUAAAGUUUCUUUCUGCAGGGUAUAACUACAUACAUUCCAUGUUUGUUUUCCUGAAUAAUCUUUCCUACUUGAGGCUUUAUUUCUCCUUUUUCUGCAAAUGGUAUGAAUUAUGCAAUUCUAUGUGUACCCCAACUGCCAGAUUUAAGAAUCAGCAUGAAAGAUGCUGCACACAAUAUUCUCCACAAUGAUAAAACAGACAAAACAGUGGGAAUUUCUUGGGACUGAUUCCUAGCAUUUUGGUUUUAGCGCUUUUCAACUUGACUGCAUGUAUUUUAUCAAUCAUAUUAUUUUGAGCUGGGUUAAAGGAGUUACUUAAAUAGUUUUUAAUCUUUUUGUAAUGUAUUCACUUAAAUUAGCUCUAACUAUAUUUUAGAGUUGUAAAAUAUUCCACUUUCUUACCAAUCUUGCUAAGUAUGAAACAUUUUAUUCAAUAAAGACUCUUGUCAUUUUUAUUGUUGGAAGCUUCUAA